AUAUUAGUCAUGCUCUAAAAUAAUUAAUGAUCCAACCAUAUAUAGAAAAUAAACUUUAAAUUUUAAGGGUAUUAUGUAUACAUAAUAUAGAUUAAUUGUUUAUUUGUUUAUUUUAUAGCGCUUCAAAAAAUAGUUCUAUAUAUAGCGACUACAAAAACUGAAGAGUUCCUAUCAACAAACAAAUUAAAUCCAGCUGUUGAUUGCCCAAAAAAGGAAAAAAAAGGUCACCUUUUUUCUAUUUGGCAUUUUCUUGUAUUGUUGAGCAAUGUCGUCGCCAGUGGCGCCACCGAAGCCAGUAGUUGGGGUGGGGGUUUUUCUGCUAAAGGAUAAUAAGGUGUUGCUCGGUCGCCGCCUCACCGCAUUCGGCUACGGCACCUUCGCCCUUCCCGGCGGCCAUCUCGAGUUCGGGGAGACAUUCUCGGAUUGUGCGGCGAGGGAAGUGAAGGAGGAAACAGGGCUAGAGAUUAGUGGAGCAGAGUUGUUGACUGUGACCAACACCGUGCUCUCGCAGCCCAAACCAGUGCAGCUGAUUGCGAUUCUUAUGCGCGCAGCCCUCGCGGAUGCAGAUCAGACGGCCAUCAACGCCGAACCCGAUAAAUGCGAGGGCUGGGAUUGGUAUGAUUGGGAGCAUCUUCCGACGCCCUUGUUCGCCUCUCUAGAAACCGCAAUUUCACAAGGCCUCAACCCCUUCCCCUUCCCCUUCCCGUCCAAAUAGAUCUCAUGUGUGGGAGGUGUGUUUUACUUAAUUAUAGUAUAUCAUAAGCUUUCAUCUCGUUUGUUGUUCGAAUAUGUAAUACCCGGAUUUUCGAUCUUAGGUUUCAUAUGGUCCUAUUGAUAUUAUUAGGAUAUGAUAGGUCCCUAAUUCCCGGUUAAAAAGAAUAAUUAUCCUCGCGAUGAUUUAAUGAGUCUUGAUGCCUAGGUUUUCUCAUAAUAAAAACGGAAAAUAAGAAGAUGAUUAUUUUA